AUGGCUCGUCUGAGCUUCGUCAUCAUCCAUGUCCUCCUAUCCCUCGCCGCGUCGGCCGCCGCCGUGCCCGAUGACGAACGGCAACUGUCCGGGACCGACUGCUCCGCCAUCCGGGCCCCGGCCGCCCUGACCUGGCUCCUGCAGGACCAACCCUUUGAGCGGGAGGACCCGUCCGCCUUCUUCUACGUCAACCAGGAUAUUGACGCCUCUGGAAACAAAGCGAACAGGGUCGCGCAGCUCAUCACCUUUCGCGGCGUCCAGGACCGGGAACCGGCCGACUGCAGGCUCCUCUUCGCCAUGCCCGACGACGCCGAGAGCUGGGAGCUGAUCCAGCACGAGGGCAGCCCCACCAUGCGCGUGUUCCGCAUACCGGGCGAUGACGACGACGCCGUCCAGCAAAAGACGAAUCCCCUCGGCGUCUUCCAGGUCCGGCCGGGCACGCAAGCCAUCCACCUCGGCCGGUGCGACGGCGGCGGCAGCUUCGUCUUCGAGCUCGCCAACCCCGGGCGCAGCCGCGUCGCGUUCCGCCAGACGUCCAAGCCCGACGACGGCUUCGGCGUCUUCAUGGCCACCGGAUGCCCCAUCCCCAGGAGGGCGAUGUCAGAGGACCUCUGA